AUGGUCUGUUGGGUCGACUGGUUCCAGAGGUUCUGUCAGAGCCAUGCCUUCUGGUUCCUGCUCCUCAGCUAUGUCCUCUUCACACUCUUUGGGGGUCUGGUGCUCAUGGCCAUUGAGCAGCCCCAGGAAAACAAGCUCAGAGCACAGGUCCUUGAGCUCCGAGAGCACUUUCUGAGGGACAACCACUGCGUGCCGGAGAGCAGGCUGGAUACAAUUAUCGGGAAAGUGUACUUUUCUGCUAAUCGGAACAUUGCUGUCUUAGACACACACAGAGAUGAUAGGAGCUGGGAUUUGAUAUCGUCCAUGUUUUUUGUGAUCAACGUUUUGACUGUCAGAGGUAAGAAGAAAAAAUCCAUAGAAUAAAUUUAAGCUUGUUGAUUCAACAGUUAGAUUGAAAUGAUGUAGGUUUUAUUAUUUAUUGUAGGUCCAAAUAAUCACAGAUUGAGCCACUUGAAUAGUAGGAUUUUGUUUGUAAUGCUUCAAGUUCUCUCAUGCGCAAGGUAGUUUGUUAUUGAGGCUAGUAUAGCUACAUCCUGUUGCCGCGGGCCAAAGUCAGGUGCAAAAAUUAAAAGCUGGCUUUAGGGCCUAUGUAGAUGUGUACACACGUCUCACAACUACCCUAGUAAAACAUGCUUUGGUUACUUGUUCCACAUGGAAGUCAAAAUCCCUCUUUUGCUGAAAUCCCCUUUUUAUGCCGACUGUUUCUUCCCAGGUUAUGGCAACUCUAGUCCCCUAUCGGAUGACGCCAAGCUUUUCUGCAUCUUCUACAGCCUGCUGGGCAUCCCCCUCACCCUUUUCGUCCUCUCCUGCCUGUCUGACCUCUUGCUGCCCAUCCUUACCCAUGUUCCUGUGCGCCACCUCCAGACCUACUGGGGCCUGCCUUACAGCCAGGCAGUGCUGCUCCAUGCCAGCCUCUUCUCCCUGGUCCUGGCGGUACUCCUGUUCCUGCUGCCCGCCACCAGCCUCUGCUACCUGGAGCCAGAGUGGAGCUUCCUGGACGCCCUGUUCUUCUGCGUGGUUACCCUCAGCACCAUCGGCCAGGGGGACUACCUACUGGGGAAAAGGCGCAACGAGGCCACCAAGGAGUGCAUGGAAUUCCUCACCUCCUGUGAGAGUAGCCAUGGCAGAGUUGGGAUCAAUUCCAUUUGGACUUUUUUGCAGUUGAUUUCAGAAUUGGCAGGGAUCAAGAUGGAAAUGGAAUUGACCCUAAUCCUGACUAGUCCUUCACACAGGCUUCCGCUUCCCCUCUUGUCCUCACAGCUUUGUGAUAAUUGGAUUUAUCUGUCUCAUAUGUCUGCCGUUUUUCUCCACAGGUUAUUUAAUGGCUGGCAUUGUGGCGAUUCUGACUUUCCAGGAGACUGCCACGGAGGUGCCACAGGUCCAAGCAGUGCUCCAGCUGUUCUGUGGACCACAGGACAGAGAAGUGAAGGGAACAGACCUGGAUGAGAUGGUGCUCAGUGCAGAGGACUCUGGAACCCCUCUGGACGUCUCCCCCUGUCCUCUGGAGCAGCCUGCACCCCUGUCCCCUGACCAGCCGAAUCCCCAAGAGCCUGACCCCCAACCUAUUCUGAGGUAG